UGGUCCAGAGUCCAGCCAGAGUCCAGCUCUGCUGAACGGGAGUGGGAGCAGGUGCUCGGAGAACAGCCGAACUCUCUGGUGGUUCCGUUACUUCUGGAGUUGACAGCGGCGCGCGCGCAUGGAGGCGUUGGUGGCUGCAGUGGACCAGGGCACGAGCUCCACGCGGGUUCUGGUGUUCAAUGCGAAAACGGCUGAAGUGAUCAGUCAGCAUCAAGUCGAGAUCAAGCAAAGCUUUCCGAAGGAAGGAUGGGUGGAGGAGGACCCCAAGGAGAUCAUGCAGUCUGUCCAUGAAUGCAUUGAGAAGACCUGUGAAAAGCUGAGCCAGCUUAAGGUUGAUAUCUCCAGCGUUAAAGCGGUGGGCGUGACCAACCAGAGAGAGACGACCCUGGUGUGGAACAAAGAAACUGGAGAGCCGCUCUACAACGCUAUCGUGUGGCUCGACCUGCGCACACAGUCAACAGUGGAGAGGCUGAUUCAAAAAGCUCCAGGCCAGAACAAGAACCACUUGAAGCACUUGACUGGACUGCCCAUCAGUACCUACUUCAGUGCAGUGAAGCUGCGCUGGCUGCUGGACAAUGUAGACGAAGUGCGCGAGGCGGUGCGCAGUGGGAGAGCCGUGUUUGGGACUGUGGACUCCUGGAUCAUCUGGAAUCUAACUGGUGGCCGGAGCGGAGGAGUUCACGCUACAGAUGUGUCUAACGCCAGUCGCACCAUGCUCUUCAACAUUCACUCCAUGGAGUGGGAUCCGGAGCUGUGCAGGUACUUUGACAUUCCAGUGGAAAUCCUUCCAGAAGUCAGAAGCUCCUCUGAAGUUUACGGCUGGAUGAAAUCGGGCAUGCUAGCAGGAGUUCCAAUCUCAGGGUGUUUAGGGGAUCAAUCAGCCGCCCUGGUUGGUCAGAUGUGCUUUGAGGAAGGACAAGCCAAAAACACGUAUGGUACUGGCUGCUUCCUUCUUAGAAAUACAGGAUGCAAACCUGUCAUGUCGGACCAUGGCCUGCUCACCACUGUUGCCUACAAACUGGGGAGGCACACGCCGUGCUGCUAUGCUCUGGAGGGUUCCGUUGCCAUUGCUGGAGCUGUGGUUCAGUGGCUGAAGAACAACAUGGGCAUGGUGCAGACAUCGUCAGAGAUCGAGAAGCUCGCAGCUGAAGUGGGAACCUCCCAUGGUUGUUACUUUGUACCGGCCUUCUCCGGCCUGUAUGCCCCCUACUGGGAGCCCAGUGCCCGAGGCAUCAUCUGUGGACUCACACAGUUCACCAACAAGAAUCACUUGGCUUUCGCUGCGCUGGAGGCGGUUUGCUUCCAGACAAGAGAGAUACUUGAUGCAAUGAACCAGGACAGCGGCGUUCCUCUGACACAGCUGAGGGUGGAUGGAGGCAUGACCACCAACCGGUUACUGAUGCAGCUGCAGGCGGACAUCCUCUGCAUACCUGUUGUGCGACCCACCAUGUCAGAGACCACAGCCCUGGGUGCAGCCGUGGCAGCAGGAGCGGCUGAGGGGGUGGAUGUCUGGAGCCUCCGCCCUGGUCAUCUUCCUCAGCUGAAAUCUGAAACGUUUCAGCCUCAGAUCAACGUUGAAGAGAGCGAGUUCCGCUUUUCUCGUUGGAAAAAAGCUGUGCAGAAAGCCAUGAACUGGGAGACCAUGGAGACCAGCCGCAGCAGUGAAGACCAACUGGAGUGAUUCUAUGGGAGGGGGUCUGACCAACUGGAGCAAGAGCGACAGAAGAAACAAACUGUAAAUGAAGAUGUUCAUGUGGAGCUCUUCAAGCAAUCAACUCUGGAAAAUGUUCCUUUUUCUUCAGAAAGAUGAUCUAUAUCCUAAUAUAUUUACAGACACCUGGUGACACUGUACUCAUUCUUGAUGUAUUUGUUUGUGUUAAAUGUCAGAUGCUGUAUUUCAUGUAGUGUGAAGCUGUAAACUCGUAUAUCUGCGACUGCACUUGAACUUGUUCCAUUCCAGCCGUCAGAACCUCCAAUCACCGGCUCAGGACCAUUUGGAGGAAGUUUAGUUUUUAAGAAGCAAAAUGUUCUCAAAUCAUGACGGGAGAUUAUUGCAUGGACACUUGAAGUUUGUUUUAUGUUGCAGCUCAAACACAGUUCAGCUUUUAUCAGUGAAAUGGUUUCCAUGUUUGUGUGUGCUGGAUUCAUGUUGAUUAUCAGAUAGCUGCUGUACUUUUUGGCUCUAAAAAGAAAGAUUGAAUCAGGGAUUUGGAGCUUGGAAGGUGGAAGUAGAAACCUGACUUCAGUCAGAAGGGUUAAAGAUGGAACCACUGUUCAUUUUACUGCAUCUAACAGAGCCUGACAUUAGUUAGUGAGGCAUCUUUCAAAUGCUAAAGAGACAAAAACAUUCAAACACUCAGAUAAGACAUUUUUGUACAAAAUAAAGAUUUCUACCACUUCUGAAAA